AUGCCCCUCGCGAACACUUGGGUCGGUGUCGUGGCUCCCAUCGGACAGUCUGCGGUGAACAGUUUGAGCGACCUCACGUGUCCGCCAGGUCACUACGUGAGCAAGGUCGUCGGAGGGAAGGAGGUAGGCGGGUACUCGUCGGUCACCAACAUCAAUUCGAUCGAAUGCACGAACUACAUGGACCCAUCCGUUCCGCGGGCGGUCGUCAGCAAGCUCAUAGGUGGACGACCCGCCGGAGACAAGGCCUUCAUCACAUCCAUCUCGGGAGGGCCGGCCAACAACGGCAAUCACCCGAACGAUCUGAGCCAGCUCUCCUUCAAGUGCAAGGAUUUCGCCGACAUCGACGCAGUCAAGAACGAUCCCGAACGCACGGCGGACGUGUGCGUCGGGACGGACCCCCUGACGCCCGAACUCUCCCAGGCGAUCGACUGCGACGCGUCCAUGAGAAACUACUGCACCGGGUCUCGCGCCUGGUCCAACAAGUGCAACAUAUACGUGGGCCGGAUGCCGUCCCUGGCGGCCGCUCAAGACAAGGCGAAGAUGGACUACUGCUCGACCGGGCAGAAUUUCAAGAGCCAGAUCUGCCAGGACUUCUGCCUGGCCGGCGGCGUCGACAUGUACGUCCCGGGAGGGCCGGGGCGACCCGCGUUCAAAGACCAGUGCAACGUCCUCUACGCCUCAAAGUGCAAGGGAGAUACGUCGGACCUCUGCUCCUGCAUCAACAAGCCGCGUCUGGAGGACUGGGGCACGGAAAGAACCUAUCAGGCGGUGAUGAGCGCCGUGAACGGCACCGCCGGAGCGAACAGGAACCCGCAGUGUCACUUCGAAGCCUGCAGAGAUCGGGGCUACAAGGCCGUGAGCUUCUCGAAGGCGGGUUGCCCCAGCUGCCUCAACAGCAUCACCGUCGCGGGUACGGACGGCGGAGUAGCGAGCUUGGGUAGCGCCAUACAGUCGUGCCUGAGCGGGGACGCGUCGAGAGGUUCGGACGCCGCACCUGCCCCUUCCGCUGCCGAUGCUACGCCGGGCCCGACGGCCUCGGUCGCGGCCUCGCCCCCCAAGGGUUGGCUGUACGCCGUGAUCAUCUUGAUCGCCGUCAUCCUCGUCGCAGCCCUCCUGGAGUGGCUCUUCACCGGAGACGCGCCGACCCCGCGCCCGGCGGCUUCUUCCAUGACAGACGCAUCCGCACGGGCAUGA